ACCUGGUUGGCCUCCAGGCAAGGCCUCCCCACCAGACCCCAAAAGACUUGGCCAGCCGGCAAGCUGGCAUGACCCUCCCCGGCCUCCGGAAUCCACAGGAGGCCGAGAGGGCAGCCAUGCCACCUCCACUCUCUCAGGGCGAACAUUUGGCGGACCUGCCUUCCCUGCCUCCUGCGCUCACCAAAGACCUCUCUGUAGAGCCUGCCGAGGCCCAGCCCCUGCCUGGCAAGCACACCUGUGGCCUGGACCCAGAACUAUACUUCACGGCGCCCUCGACCCCCAUCAAGACUGUGUUUUCCCACCUCAGGCACCACCCCUUCUCCAAAGAGAGCCUCAGCGAGGAGCAGAACGACACAGACAACGAAGGCCUCUGCUCCCCACCCACCUCCCCCUCAGGGUCCUACAUCACGGCCGAGGGAGGCAGCUGGGCCUCUUCGGGUACCGCCAGCACUUCCCCGUCUUGCUCUCCCAACCUGAUAGCAGAGUUGGAAGCCAUGGAGGCCCCGUCGGUGGAUGGCGAGGAGUUUCUCUUGGAGGCGGCGGACGGCCGCCCGAGGCUUCCCCGGGGACCCAGCCUGUCUCCCGACUUGGAGGGGGAGUUUGCUUUCCAGACCCUCUCCUCCAGCACUUUAGUCCACUCGUCGUUCCCCGAGGACGAGGACGACGGGCAGACGACCCCGGAGGAAGAUGGUGGCGACUGGGGCGCCGAAGUCGCUACCUCGAGGCUGGGCCCUCAGAGGUUUGAGCAAGCGCCUCCAUCUUGGCCCGAGAGCAGAGAGGACUCUGGGGAUGAAGCGGAUCUGAGCCGCGAGCUUUCCAAGGCAGAGGCCCCACCUGCCUACGAAGCGGGAGCCGGAGACUCUGCAGAGUUUGGGGGAUCGAAGCCCUGCCUCUUGCCCGGUUCACUCGCUGCCUUCCCUUCUGGGACGGACUCCUCCGAGGCGGAUGUGCCCGGCCGGCCGCAGGCCGAGACGGCGGCUUCCGCCCCAGACGACGGUGUGGACGGCGCUGACAGUGACCAGAUGAUUUCUGCUUUGCUCCUGCCUUUCCGUGGGAGCCUCAUAUUCGAAGCGGAGUCCAUGGAGAUCACCCUGUUCCCCCAAGGGGAGUCGGUGGGAAACGACGGCCUCUACGGCGUGGAGGAUGACGACAGCACUUCGGCCUCCUUCCUGCACUCUCUCUCGGAAACCUCCAUCAACGAAGGCGUGGACGAGUCCUUUGCUUACCAGGACGACACCUCCCAGUCCUCAGACUCGGCCUCCUACAACGGGGAGGACGAUGAACGGCUCUACAGCAUUGAGCAGUAUGCCGUGGUGGCGGAAGCUGCCGUCGCCCCUGCUCAGGAAGCGGCCGAGCCUCCAAAGGAAGACACGGAGCCUGCGCUGUCCCGCUCGGGCAGCGAGAGCGAGAUGGAGACCUCAUCCGACGCUUACAACACAGACGAGGAAGAGACGGCUUCUGCCAGGGACGAUGGGCACCCAAGGGCCGAAAAGGAGGAGCAGGAGGAGAGGGGCUUCUCCCUGGAGAAGGAUGGAGAUGAAGAGAUACCCCAGGAGGACCGAAUCAAAGUUUCACUCCCCACCGAAGAAGCAGAGGCCUCCAGGUUGCAGGUUGUGCCUAGAGCUCCCGGCGAUUCCUCAGAAUGUUCUGGAAGCAGCAGUAGUUCCCCUACCGGUCAAGGAUGGGGGUCUCCUAUGGAGCAGGGGCCCACAGCUCUUUUUAGAGGGGUGGGUCGUGGAACUGGAUGUCAAGUGGGAGAAGAGCCUUCAAGAGAAAGGGCCUCCCCGGAGCGCCAGUCGCUCUCAGGUGGGCAAGAGGCUGCUGAGGUAAACGUUCCUGAUCCUGGAGAAUGCCUCAUUGCUUGCUUUGAUACAGAUGAGGAAGCCGAUGCCUUGCCGCCUCUGGACAACUCGUUGGAGGGGCCUCGGCCUGUGGGACAAACGGCUGCAGAGUGGAUAGACCAGGUGUAUGCAGGCCCCGCCAUACCCUUGGGAUGGAUCCCAAAGCCGUAUCCCGUGCCGUUUGCGGAGAUGGCGACGGCAGACGUCAACGACUCGUCUUCUUUUGACAUCAAUGCCAGGCUAAAGGAGUCAGAGGAGCGGCUUCUGGAGCUGCUUGACCAAGAUGGCGCCUCGGGGGGAGGUUUGACCGAAGCAGGGAGGCCUAACGGAGGGGUGUUUGACGUUGAGCCAGAGAAGGAGGAGCCUCCGUUUGUGUCCCUCCUUGGAUCCUGUGAGGCGGCCAUCUUGGAGCAGCCUGAAGCGACUCGAGCCGACAACGAGCCGACAGCGGAGUGCCUUAUUGCCUGCUUUGAGUCGGAGGACGAGCUCGAGGAGGCCUCGUCCCUUGACCAGAUGAACAACAACGAGGACCAUGUGGUGGCCAUCUUUUCUGAGGCAAAACCUGAUUCUCGGCCCCUGCUGGGACCAAACGGCACGGAACAGAACACUGCUACCGUGGACAGUGAGGUCACCUUGUUGGCGGCAGCCACACCUCUGCCCCCCACAGAUGUGGAAGAGCGUGCUGAAGUCUGCGGGAUGCCAAGAGACUUGUCUGGGCUGGAGGUGGAGGCCUCCACAGGCCCUCUUGCCAGUGUGGCGAUAGGAGACGGCGCAGCCCAUCUCAGGCUGUGCUUGGAGACUGGCGAGGCCAAAGACCUGAGUGUGAGGGAGCCUCAGCCCAGUGAGAGCCACCAUGAGCCCAUCCUGGUAGAAACAGGCAGCCAUCUUGAGGGAGCCGGAGAGGACGCCAAGGGCAAAGGUCAACUAGGGGAAGAAGAGGCUUCAGUGGUAGAGGAAGCCACUGGGGCAAUGGAGGAGCAAGGGCUAUUGGACGAAGUUGAUGCUGGCCAGGACUGGGGAAGUCCGUCUGAGGGAGAAGAGGAUGCUAUUUCUGACGAAAACAGCAGAGCAGACUCUGUCGCUGAGAUCCCGGCAGGAGAAGGUGCUGUUUGGCCAGGAGGCGGGCUUCAAGCUCAGCACUUAAGCACGGUUCCUGUGCGACUGUGUGGAUCAGAGGCUGUCUCAUUCCAGGAUCCUGGCGCUCAGCCUAGCCUGAGAGACAGCAACAUGAAUUUGGCGCAGAUUCAGAGUCAAGGGAAAGCUCCUGCUCCUGCCCCUGCCAGCAGUGAGACCACAGAUGGCCCAGCAUUGGUGGCAAGCUCGGACAAGAAUCCAGGACAGAAAGAAGAGAACGAGCUCAUGGUUCCUGCAGCCUUUGAGCAGGUUGUUGGCCAGGAAGGCUGCCCUCAGCCAGCGGGUGGUAAAGACCGGCCACAGCUUGGUGGGGUACAGAUUCUGGAACCCCAGGCAGCGACCAAAGACACCAAGCUGGCUGUCCAACGGGGGCCUGAGGCUCAGAGGAACAGAGGAUGUAUGGAGGCGGUUCCAUCUCUGCCUCCUUUGGACGAUCAGCAUCCUUUGGACACCAAAGCUCAGGUGGGAAAAGCUGCCCCAGGAACUUCUACGGCAGGGGACGCAGUUGCAGCGCCUUCCACAGGCAGGGUCGAGGGCCUACCCAGGCAACCCUUGCAGGUGCCAAAGAAGACCUUUGCUCAAGCUCUGCUUCAGGGUCUCCAACCGCCUGCUUUGGACGCUGAACCUUCUGUGCAGGAAAAGGACCUGAAUACCAGUCUCUCUUCCCCGGAGUUGGCAGAGGUCUCCAUGCCCAACUCGGAGGCAGACAGCAGCUUCUUCACGGCAGCUGAGGAUAUCUCUGGUGGGACCCUUGUGCUGACUUCAUCCCCUGGCUCUGAGAGGGAAGGGCUGAGCACCCCUGAGCAGGCAUGGGGCAGCCCGGCCGAGGAUGUGGAGAAGAGCCCUUCUCCUCUUCCACAAGAACAGCUGGCAGCCGUUUCUGAGCUGGAACAUCGAGUGGUCGAGACUGAAGAUACUAAGGUUGAACCCUUGGCUGAGCCAUUGAAGAGCCCGCCAGCAGAGGGACCUUCCCGGCAGAGCAUGGCGUUGUGUCUGCAUUCCUCUGCUCUUAACCAGCCGCCUUCUCCAUCCGGCGCCCGACCAAGGGAUGCGUCACCCGUGCUUUGUAAAAGCCAGCACCUCUUCUUUGCUUCUGAAGAGGAGAUCUAUUUGUCUGAGCCUGAAGAUGCCCAGCACAACCUUUCCAGUGGAAAUGCAGAAACAGAUCGUGUUGGUGCUGCAGAGUCGCCGGGAACCAGGAGGACUGGUGCAGCCCCGGAUGAUUCUGAAGCCAUUGCUGCAGCGAGGCCGUCUCCCGCCCCCAGCCAGCCUGCGCUUCCUGGUGCCUUGUGGCAGAAUGCCUCGUUGGUUGCAGAGCCUCCAGAGGUCACUGCAGACCAGCAGCAGAUCACCGACAUGUUGCGGGGCUCCUUUGGCAACCUCCGGGAGCAGGGCUUGGGAGCUGCCCGUCUGGUGAGCAGCCUGCUGGUAGCCGAAGCACAAAGCCUUCUCGGCAGCCUUAAGGAAGACGUCUUGGAGUACUCAGACUUGUCAGAAUUGAAGCAUGAGUUGGAGCCUCGAGCCACUUGCAAUGUUGCUGGAGACGGCGGCAGUCAAGACCAAGACGCCGGCCAACCUUGCGAGGAGCUCGGCGGCCGACUGGAGAUGGAGAGGGUUGCAGUUCCACCAGAUGUGGUUGUUCCCCCUCGUUCAGAGGAGGUGGAGACGGGGGCUGGGCCGCUGCCGAGUUCCGCGUUGGAAGGAGUGGAUCAGCCUGCCAAGGAGGCCGUCUUUGCACCCGGUGAAAGCAAAGGGCAGACAUCUGAGAGCAUCGACAGAACUCCACCUCAGAGCUUGCAAGCCGAGCCGCCGAUCCAGAGUCCGGAAGCUGACGGGUCAACUGAAGAGAUUCCAGAAACGACGAGACUAGAGGGCGCCACAGCAGAGGAGGUUGGCCACCCAAAAGAGGAAGAUCAGAGUGAAGAAGGACCAUUUCCUUCAAGUGCUUUUGCUGAAAGCACAAAACUCCUGGUCCCGGAAGCCGGUUUGCUGAGUGUAGAGACCUCCUCUCCUCUAUCGCAGACCCUGCCGGCCUCUGAAGGACCAGCUCAAGAGUCCCUGGCUGUUUCUUUGCAGGCUGAGCCGUUGCCUACCUGGGAGGAGGAGGCUCCUCUUUCUCCACCUCCGUCUCCACCUUCUGAACCCCAAGAAGUGCCUCCUGUUUCUCCCUCGCCGCUGCCUCCCUCCGAGGGCCACUUCCACGGCCCCUCGGCUGCUUCGUGGCUUCCUGCUUCGACAGCCAGGUCUGACGAGGAACAAGCUCCUUCCAAAGAGGACCCGAUCCUCCUCCGGGACUGCAGGAAGCUUCCUGCGGAAGCCGUGGAGAGCGCCAGGCCUGCCAGGCCCUGCCGAGACGACCAGCCUCCCGGCAGCAAAGAUUCCAGGGGCCGGAACCGGUUGCCUGGCAACAAGGACGCCCGAGAAAAGGACUCCGUCUCUGCAGGGGAGAAGCGAGGCGAUCGGGGGCCCGUGCAGCUGGAGUCGAGCUCCUCCAGCGAGCGGGAGCUGCUGUACCGCUGCCCGGAGAUCGAGAGCCUGAGGGAAGCGACUGGGAUGAUGCUCCUGGAGGAGAAGAAGGCCUUGGCGGGGAAGAGGCCCCACGAGGCCAACCACAAAGGGUCCUCAAAUGACUCAGAAAGCAACGAAGGGUCCCUACCUGAACUGGAAGAAGCAGAGGGUUCAGGACCAAGGACAGCUCAGACACAGGCGCAACUAACACACUCCUUGGGAACUGGUGAAGAAUCCAUUAGCAGAGCAAAACAGAGCAGAAGCGAGAAAAAAGCACGAAAGGCCAUGUCGAAGCUGGGUCUGCGGCAAAUCCACGGCGUCACCAGGAUCACGAUCCGCAAGUCGAAGAACAUCUUGUUUGUGAUCACCAAGCCGGACGUCUUCAAAAGCCCUGCCUCGGACAUCUACAUUGUCUUUGGAGAGGCCAAGAUCGAAGACCUCUCUCAGCAGGUACACAAAGCUGCCGCAGAGAAGUUCAAGGUCCCCAUGGAGCACUCGCCCUUGAUCACUGAAGCGGCUCCCACCCUCACGAUCAAGGAGGAGAGCGAGGAGGAAGAGGAGGUUGACGAAACGGGUCUGGAGGUGAGGGAUAUCGAGCUGGUCAUGGCUCAAGCCAAUGUGUCUCACCCCAAAGCAGUACGCGCCCUGCGUCACAACAACAACGACAUUGUGAACGCCAUCAUGGAGCUGACGAUGUAGCGACCGGUUGGCAAGCCCACCCAGCCUCUGCCCCACCCCUUCUGUAUAGAUGCACAGUUAACUCAUAUCCAAUACAGCUGUUGUUUGUUAGGACUGCAAAUAAUUAGUCCCGACUAUUCUGCAUUGAAAAUGCUGCUCAAUAAACGGUAUAUUCACUUG